GUUGGCGCCGUGAUGCGUGACCGACUUAAGGUCUCCUAUUAUCUAUUAUCAGAGGCGUAUUCCUACGAUGUAGAUAGCUUCCAUUAAAAGAUAGCGUUUCUUCAGUCUAUUCCUUUUCAAUAUCGGAUUAGGAGUUGGGUGUUUCCCUGGAUAACACAUAUGGCUAUACGGGCUUAAUAUUCUGCAUGUUUAUAUACCAGGAUGUGAAAGUCGAUGACGUCGAUAUUGUUGUAUGUAGUUGAACCACACUUUAUCCUUAUUUCAGUACAUUUAAUUUGCUCCGGCCUUCUUGGAAUAUCAAAGAACCAUGCUGACGAAAAAUGGUAAGCCGAUGAUAUCACUUUGCUUGGCAAUACUUUCUUGUUUUCUAAUGACCGGAGUAUUCAGAUUGGAUCUUGCUCGCUUCUCCUCGGCAACGGAUAACUUUAGAGACCCUUUAAUUCGUCAUUACAUGUCAGAAACAAACGCGGGAGAGGACGGAAUCAAUGAAAACUCACCAGAAGCUCAUAGGGAUAGGUCUCCCCUAUUUCAAAAUAGAACUGGACAUUCGAAAGAAAGAGUACCUUGUUACCGUCAGAUCCAGCUAUGGAGGGGCAAAAGUAGCCCUUCAACUCCAGUAAAAUCAGAAUGCCCAGGUCUGAAGUGUGGGAUAAGUUUUGUCGAGGACACAAGUUAUGAGACUUUGGAGAAGAGUGAUGCAGUAGUUUUAUUUCAUAGAUCGAACUGGGAUUGGACAGAGAUGCAGAGAAGACGGCCACCAAAUCAAGCUUGGGGUUUUUAUUCUUUAGAGAGUCCACUGCACACGGGGGGAAACGCAAUUCCACCCGUUGAACUUGAUCGCAUAUACAAGUUUACGAUGUCGUAUAGGCCAUCGUCAACGAUUCAUAGUCCGUAUGGUCUUUAUGAUAAAUCAAUACCACAGAUAUCAUCAGGAGAAAGUCGGAAUUGGGCAAAGGAGAAAAGCUCUUUGGUAGCAUGGGCUGCAUCCAAUUGCGGGGUAGCAUCCUGGCGCCGUCAUGAUUUUGUAAAAACACUUGCAAAUCACGUCAGAGUCGAUAUGUAUGGUCCUUGUGGAACAUUAGCUUGCGGCAGAUAUUCAGACGAUUGCUGGAAUAAAAUCAAGGCUCACAAAUUUUAUCUAGCCGUGGAGAACAGCGAAUGCAGGGACUACAUCACUGAGAAAUUCUGGUAUAACGCGCUCAUGCAUGACAUUGUACCCAUCGUCUACGGUCCACCGAGGGAAGAUUAUGAGCGCGUAGCGCCACCAAAUUCUUUUAUACAUUUACACGACUUCAGUAGCUUUCAUGAACUGGCAGAUUAUAUUAAUCUUCUUGAUUCCAAUGAUACCUUGUACAAUUCCUAUUUUGAAUGGAAAAAACAUGGUUCGGUUAGAAGAGUAGGGGAAGGGGUUGCUCUAAAACCACCAUUUCUGUGUAAAGUGGUCUCGAAGGUAUUGGAUCAUGAACAAAAACUACAUGAUGGUCUUCAGCAGGAAGAAGUGCACCCUUCAAUGCACGAUUAUUGGUCAACUUCGUGCCACAAACCGACUGGAUUUCCUCAUGAUUUCUAAAAUCUGUAGAAAAUUAAUGAUACUAACAAUGGAAAUUGUGUGUUCUAUUUAUGACAGCGGUGAUAAUAAACAACAAUAGCGCGGUACAGAUUCGAGUAACAUUGGAACCGUUGAAAAAAAUCAAAACUUCAACUUCUCCAGUUACUAUUAUGAGAGAUGACCACAUCAACCAUUUUACUUUGGUGCUGACUUCAUGGUGUUUAUUUAAACAUCUACUUGUGUUACUUUGGUGUUGAAUUCUUGGUGCUAAUUUAAACACCCACUUAUGUACUUUGAUGAAAUAAUCGAUACUGCUUGGCGUUGUAUUCAAAAUACAUGGAGUAUCUUUUAAGUCUGAGGGUGCGGUGUGUUUACAGGCAAAGGUUUUGAAACAAUUAGGAGCGAGGUUAUUGGAUAUUUUGUAGACUCAAAUAGACUUUGCAGUUUAGUUUUAACACUUUGUCAUUGAAUUGUGCUUGUGUCUUUUGGGGGUUAGAUAAUCUGCAUCGAGGACCAACUUUGCAUAUCUGUUUUGCGUCCUCUGUAAUUUCCGUGCUUUGCACUUUCCCCAUUAUUAUGUGAACAAAUAAGCUUGAAAAUGAUAGAUGUUUAAGAAGGCGUUGCGUGGGUUUAAUCAUUCUCGGGGAGGGCACUUCCAUUGACGAGUGGAUACCAUGCGUGACCAAAAACCACGUACAAAGGAUCCUUCUUUCAAGAAAGGGCACGUAUCGUAACAAGGGCUUCAAAGCACUUAAACAAUAAAAGUGGAUAUAUUUCGCUCGGAAAACUACGUGUUUACGGUCUAAUGUGGGAGGGUAUAAAAAAGACCAAAAUAAUUUAUAAAGAAUGUACUUUUUGCCGGGCCCCAACACUAUGUGUUUAGGAUCCUAUUGGAUUGAGGAGUGUGGGGUGGCACUAAUUAAGCCCAGUGAAAAUAAAGGAAAAGCAAAUGUCCGUGAUCACGUCCGUGACAUAACAGGUGAAAUCUCCUUGUACUUGUUUAGGGAGUCAAUUCAGGGAAUACACUCCAAUACUUGUUAAGGGGUGCAUUUUCAGAACAUGGAAAAUACUUGUUUAGGUUAGGGCGCUUUUCGAAACCCCGUGGUCGCGCAUGGUAUCCACUGGUCAAUGGAAGUGCCCCCUCGUGUAUAGCGUGUGAUAGCGCAGUGUAGUAUCGUUUUAGUUAUAUUCAAAAUGUGCGGUUUUCAAUUUAUACUUUGGUCAAGGGUAAUAUCCGAACUGUACGUUGAUUUCGAUAACAUUAUCAAGUUAUUCUCUCCUGAACAUGCUGAAUGAGAUAUAUUUAUGCUUUAGUUCUUCCAUGGUACGUAUUUUAAGCCAUUUGUACAAUAAAUAAUUUUUGAGGUAUUUUUUUCUGAGUGAUUUUGAAUAAUUAUCUUUAAAAUACAGAGACGUGUCAUCAGUGUAAACGCAAUAUUGGUUUGGUUUCUAAAUUUGUAGUUACAUGAUGUCAUUAGAAGGGUCUACAUAUUUGUGCUGAAGCUUUGAUUCAACUCUUUUCAACUCUUUGCAUUGAAUUGAAUCUUUGAUUGCUGGGAGAGUAAUGUCGUUUUCGAACAUUAAAGAUAAAAAUCACUGAAUGAA